CACUGAGUGACUCGUCUGCCCUCAUCGUCACGAUAAGAGUAUUGGACCCUGAGCUUGUCGGAGCUGAAUGUUUUCUAUAUGGACGGGCUCCAGGCAGUAUGGUUGGCUUUCGGAGUGACCAUUUUCUCAUUGGCGACCUCUCAAGCACCUCUAUCACUGUGCGCGUCAACCAUACCUAACAUAAGCUCGAAACCGUUCGCAUUGAAUGGAGAUGUGAAUGGGGGAAUGACGAUAACGCUGUCGAGGCGAAAGGUGGAGUGGUCAGAUGCCGAAGAAGACACGCCUGGAGCUAUAUUGGCUUGCUCAAGCUCUGCAUCCGGCGUUCGAGAGGCGUGGAAUUCCUAUCGGAUUUCUACGAGCUGUUUUGCUUCGACAACCCAUGCCAAAUUUGCUGACACCACUGAUUGGAAGAGAGAAAUGACGUGGCGGACAUUUAGAGACUAUUAUAAGAGAUAUGACACGGAAUUUGGCCAACCGCAUUUCUGGUCUGACACACCAGCUGGUGUAUCAUUCAAUUUGUCGUCGUAUUUUAAAUGUGACGAAUUGGAAAGGCCGGGGGGGGCUAAACGAGUUGUCAAUUGCGCUGACCAAGCUGCUGUAGUAGAGCUUGGGUGUAGCCUGGGUCGUCGUGCUGAUGAGCCUCCUAUGAGCUGGGUGGUGCAUGAGCGGUUUGGUUUUAUCAAUAAGACCCACCUGGUGGGCAUCACGGACCAAAACCACCACCACAUUCUGGUCAACAACCCGUUCUUUGUCGACAGGGUCGAAACUGCCGUUCUGGACAUCAAUGACCCCGCACGUAGUGCCUUCGCUCAGCACGUCUACCAUUCAUUUGGCAACUCAGCCACUUCGGGAUCGGAACAUGUCGCCGAUACUGACUAUAUAUAUGAUGCGUGCUGCGGACCGUAUUUAGGCAAUGAGACAGCGGUCACCUACAGAGCCCUGACCAUCGACACCACAACACGUCUCUACGACCAGAGGGAUGAUAUGCAUCCUCGCAUUAUCGCUAAACAUCCUGGUAUCCCUUGUAUAGAUGGACAGCAUCAGACGUCUCCAGAGUCUCUCGGUGCUAAUGGAGCCGCUAGCGCAAUAUUGGGCGUCUUUGGGCUGCCAGUUGAAGCAACCAGUUCGAUGACGUACGUCAGCUGGGCCCACGUUCCGGAGUGGAUCAAGGAAGUAUUGGAUGAUAGUUGGUGCGUGACGGAUGGGCGCGUCGGUGUGGGGGAGGCGAAUGCGCACACGCUUUGGUAUCUCAACCGUCAAGGCUGUUCCUCGUCAACACUGAGGAUCACGGUCUACGUCCAGUCACCGAUAGAUGCCAACGGGGUCUUGGACAUGGCUGCUGCCAGACAAGCAACACGUCGGUGUCUUGCAAGUAUUAUCCAAAGCACCGACGCCCCUCUCCAGUUCGUAUGGACACGCGCAGAGCUUGACGAGUUCGGCGAGUAUUCCGUGCGGUAUACACGUGGUGGCAGAUGUAUCGUUGUUGCUGCAGGUCAAACCGUUGUCGAGAUAUGGAACAGGGAUAACUCGAUGGCGGUGGAGACUUUCGAAGAUUGCGCUCGCAAACUCCUGGAACAUACCAUUCGCAGGGAAUCGGAUGGUCUACCCCUUACUGCUCCUAUCAUCAAACGUGGUCCACUCGCUACCGGAAGUCAUGACGAGCAUCCGAGCAAAAUCGUGGUCCAAAACGAUGGCCGAUUUUCGCUCGACUUUGAGCUAGAUAAACCCAUCGCUGCUGCCAAUGCUACUACCGAAGGAUACGGUUAUAUGUUUGAGAGGUAUGUUCAGGAGGUUACAGAAGAUUUAGUCACUGUCAAGCUCAUGAUGGUGGCACGAUACGCUGGGAGUCAUGUGGUGACAGUGCACUUCGCAGAUUCGGAGACGAUGAUAUCGCGAUCGCAAAAGUUUGAGGUUGAGGUUGAGAUUGUUGAAUGA